ACCAAUGAGAACACGAGGAAGGCAGGAUUUCCUCCUCCCAGCCGUGUUGUCGUCUCUUCUUUGGCUUCUCCGCCGUUGGGCCCGCAGAGCGAGCUCCGGGGUCAUGGAUGCCGCUUAGGAUCUCCUGACGCGACUGAGUAGGGAUUAGGGACGAAAUCGCUCUUGGCCCGGACGGUCCAGCCGCCCAGCCCCGGCCCCUCCUCCCUCAGGUGAUUAAGAUGCUGUUAUCCAUAGGGAUGUUAAUGUUGUCAGCCACGCAGAUAUAUACUAUUUUGACUGUCCAGCUGUUUGCAUUCUUUAACUUAUUACCUGUGGAGGCAGACAUUUUAGCGUAUAACUUUGAAAAUGUAUCACAGACAUUUGAUGACCUUCCAGCAAGAUUUGGUUAUAGACUUCCAACUGAAGGUUUAAAGGGAUUUCUGAUAAACUCAAAACCAGAGAAUGCCUGCGAACCCAUUGCACCUCCACCACUGAAAGACAACUCAUCCAGUGCCUUCAUUGUGUUAAUUAGAAGACUUGACUGUAAUUUUGAUAUCAAGGUGUUACAUGCACAGAAAGCGGGAUAUAAAGCAGCCAUAGUACACAAUGUUGAUUCUGAUGACCUAAUUAGCAUGGGAUCCAACGACAUUGGUAUUUUAAAGAAGAUUGACAUUCCUUCUGUCUUUAUUGGUGAGGCAUCAGCUAAUUCACUUAAAGAUGAAUUCACAUAUGAAAAAGGAGGCCAUAUUGUUUUGGUUCCGGAGUUUAGCCUUCCUCUAGAAUACUACCUAAUACCAUUCCUCAUCAUAGUGGGAAUAUGUCUCAUCUUGAUUGUCAUCUUCAUGAUCACAAAAUUUGUACAAGACAGACAUAGAGCUAGAAGGAAUCGACUUCGUAAAGAUCAACUUAAGAAGCUCCCUAUACAUAAAUUCAAGAAAGGAGAUGAAUAUGACGUAUGUGCCAUUUGCCUGGAUGAAUAUGAAGAUGGAGACAAACUCAGAAUCCUUCCUUGUUCCCAUGCGUAUCACUGCAAGUGUGUGGAUCCUUGGCUAACUAAGACCAAAAAAACCUGUCCAGUAUGUAAACAAAAAGUUGUUCCUUCACAAGGAGAUUCAGACUCUGACACGGAUAGUAGUCAAGAAGAGAAUGAAGUCUCAGAACAUACCCCUUUACUUAGACCUUUAGCGUCGGUUAGUGCCCAGUCGUUUGGGGCUUUAUCAGAAUCUCAUUCCCAUCAGAAUAUGACAGAAUCUUCAGACUACGAGGAGGAGGAGGAUGACAAUGAAGAUAUUGAUAGUAGUGAUGCUGAAAAUGAAGUGAAUCAAGAGAGUGUAGUUGUUCAACUGCAACCCAAUGGUGAAAGGGAUUAUAAUAUAGCAAAUACGGUUUGAACUUCCAAGUCUAUUCAUCUUCAUACCUUAUAUGAAAAAAAAAUUGUUUUAUCAGCUUAUCCCUUUAUGUGUAUUUAAGUAUAUACUUUCAUUGUCCACCUCCCUUCAGUUACUUCUGUAGAGAGGAAUCUUAAUGUGUUCUAUGGUUUAAUUCGAUUGCAGUUUUUUUUUUCCUUAAUCAGGUUUUCCAUCCACAAAAAGCACACUGCUUAUUACUAAAGCAUAACGUUAUCAAGGUGCUGGACCUCAAGCAUCAUUCUCUUUUUGGAAAGGAGUAUAGCCAAAAAGUUUCGAAAAGAAAAACCACUACAAGUAUGGCUUGCAGUGAAGACUUGAUUACAGUGUACAAAUAUAUUUAUUCCCAUGAUGAUUUCUGCUGCCAUACCAUGCACGGCUUAAGCCCAGCUUCCCAGAAUUUUUGGUAUAACUUGUGGGAACCUCCAAAACUGUCUUCAUUAUGGCCAUUCAGUAUUUUUCUCAUAAAUACUACAAAAUGAAAUAGAAAUACUUAGUAACAGAAUUCUCUUUCCUAUUCACAAAUAGUAUUUAAGCCAGAAGACAGCAGUUUGUAGUAGAGUGCAGAAAAAUUUGAUAUUAAGACAGUUCUUAUAUUUAAUAGUGUUGAAUAUUAGUUUGAUGCAGCUGUUAGCUAAACUAAUAUGGCCCCACAUUAAUUUUCAGAACUGAAGGAUUGUGUGUUUAUGUGUGACCAAAGCAAAAAAAUAGGCAAUACCACAUAGAAAUUCUAACUAAAAUUUUAGCACAUGUUCUAUUGAUCUUCUGAUCACACUCGCGCACACUCUCCCCACCUACCCACCCCUUAAUAGAGUAUCUUACGCUAAUCUCCUAAACUAUGUACAGAAAAUUUUUUUUGAAGUAUUUGAUUUGAAAAUGAGUGCUUAUAAAUAUUUAACAAAACUCAUGAUGUACUUUAACAAUGUAUUAUGAAAAGCUAAAUUAUAAAUAUAUAUGCCAUUGUAACUAUGUAGAGAGAUGUUAGACUCAUGUAUAAUGAAAAUAGAGAAUUUUUUAUGGCCUUGUAUGAGGGAAGUUUGAAAGUUAAUAAACACGUUUUCCACUUUAAGUUCUAGCUGAUAUGCUGUACCAAAGCAUUAUAAACAAUUUUCAUGUUUGUUAACAUUUUUUAGAUAUAUGAACAGUGCUCCAAAACCACAAAAAAUGCCAUGUAUACACACACACACACACAGGUAUUUAUGAAGGCAUGAUCUUGAUACUAUACUAUAUACUAUAGACACCUGAAUUGUCUAUAUGUGCUAAGAAAGCUAAAAUUUAAUUUUAACUGAUGUACUGUUUAAAGUACAGCUGUUAGAUCCAACUUUAUGAAAAUGAUAUAUUCUUGAAAAAUUAUAGAUUGUAAUUUUCUUAAAUGAAGCAAUCCUAUUAACUUCAUUCAUAAAAAUGCUUUCUGCCAAGCGGGGAAUAACUUUUUACAAGAAUUACAAGAAUAUUUUACAAAAGUUUCAAGGAAAUACCUUCUAUUUCAUGGUUAUGUCUCAACAGUAUUGAAUUGUGGUUUUUACUUUUCUGUAAAUCUACUUGUAAAGAAAUGAUAGUGCAGUAAUAUCAUGGGAAGUUUCAAUUUGUCUCACAUGAAGAAGGGAAUUGUUGUGGGUGGUCCUUUAAGUUCAGAGAGAUCUCAAGUUGGAAUCUCUUUUCCCUUCCAAGACAAAUGUUAUUUUUAAAAACAAAACAUUAGAAUAUAGGGUUUACUUCAUGUGCAUUUUCAAGUAACUGCCCCAAUUAAGAGAGCAAGAGAAAUUCUUUGGAAUUUCUAAGUCCUCAAUAGUAAAGUCUAAUUUUUCUACACGUGCAGAUUUCUGCAUGGAAGUGUUAUUUAAACCAAGCGACAUAUCUGUAGAAUAAUAUGUAUUAAGCUUUCAGUAAUAUAGCUCCUGCUAUGUGUCAGGCACUGUGCUAAGCACAUCCCAUUUAAUCUUCACAACAGCACUGAGGUACCAUUUUAUAGUAAACUGAGGCAGACAGGUAAAGUAUUUUGUCUAUAGCUCUUAAGUGUUUUAAAGCUGAAGUUGAACUGUGUGUGUUACUGGGACGACUUCUGGCUGGUUUCCAACCUUAACUGUGACAUCAGUAUGGCUAGCCUUAAUUAAAUCAUGAUAUUUGUCUGGGA